AUGGCCAAAUCGCCCAUUGGAGAUGGCGUCCAAGAUUCACAGCUGAAUCAACUCCAUGAUCUUAUCAAACAGGUUACAAUAACUUCUGCCCCAAAUCGAUGGAGAUGGUAUCUUCAAGAUAUGGAUGAGUUCUCGGUCAAGGGUUUAAGGUCUCAUAUCGAUUGUUUAUUCUUGUCAUCCCAUUAUUUGGCGACUAGUUGGAACAAGAUCAUGCCUAGGAAAGUUAAUAUUCAUGCUUGGAGGGUUGUUAAAGAUCGCAUUCCUACUCGAUUUAAUUUGUGGUUCAGAGGAGUACAUCACAAUUCGCUGAUUUGUCCUACAUGUGGAAAUGGCAUUGAAACAAUAUUUCAUGUUUUCUCAGAAUGCUACAUGGCUAAAAGAGUUUGGUAUUCUAUUCGAAAGUGGCUUAGUUUAGACAUUCCUUUACAUUAUGAUCCUGUCAACUUGCUUUCUUAUGUGGAAAAUAUGGAUAAGGCUAAGGCUAUUAAGGAAUUUGUGAUCAUCAUUAUUUUUAAUGUUUGGUGGGAGCUAUGGAAGUUUAGAAAUGAUAUUGUUUUCAACCCAUCUAAGAAAAGAGACGUUAUUCUUGUGGACGCCAUUAUCAAUUCUUCUUUCUUUUGGUUCCGGAACAGAAGCAUAAAGACUAGCAUUGGUUGGGACGAGUGGAUUAAAAAUCCUUUAUUAGCUUUCUAA